AGUUGCUCUCUGAGCUGUGUGUAUGUAUCUUGUUCUUUUGCGAUUGUCGACUGAAUUACGUCCAGAAAAGCGAUUAACCAUCUCUCGAGCUUCUGCACUGCCCUAAAAAGAGCUGCGAAUAAGUGCAAGGCAUCCACAGCUCGCAAGAUGGCUGAAGAAUGCGCGGAAAACAGAUUCCAUCGCCCGUUUGCGCGCUAGCUAGAGGAAGUAUUCGCCGGUUACCCCUUGCGGCCAUGUAAUUGUACGUCAAAUAGUUCAUUCACUUGAUCUGGUUUUCUCCGAGAUUCAGCGUUUCGUUCUGUCGCCAAAAUGAUGUGCGAUAUAAUGCCUACGAUCUCUGAGGACCCGCCAGAGAUUCAGUAUGGGCAAAAUGAGGAGACAAACUUCGAGCAACUUAUGGUUAAUAUGCUCGACGAACGGGACAAGCUGAUGGAAACUCUUCGCGAAACUCAAGAUUCGCUGGCGCUCACAAGAGCAAAGUUAACAGAAUGUCAAAAAGAGAAGGAUGGUCUGAUGAGUCACUUGGAAACUGUGCUAAAUGAUGUAAGGGAGACUUUUACCUCUAUUUUAAUCGCUAUUCUACCGGUCUGAGGUUAGGCCAUUCAUUCGUUUGGCUAACUCAAAUACGCCAUAUUUGAUCUGUAAUUGAGUGUCAUUUCAUGUAGCGAGUGUUUACUCACUCAGAGCACACGGGUAUUAUUCUACACCAAGAAGUGUCUGUGGAGUAUUUCAACAAGAAACCCUUUCGAUUAGCAACAGCGUUGGCCUAAUCUGUAGGUUUAAUCGAACGAAAAUAAAAUUCCAGAAUACGACAAGAAUCUUCUGAUUGUCGUGUGCCGAAUGAAGUACGCAUUCCUCAACAGUGUGAGCAAGAAUGCCUGUUUCUUUAUAGUGUGAAGUACCAGAGUCAACCAACGAGGUGAUAACGCCAGUUUGUGGCUCGUGAACUUAUAAUUUACCGAUGAGUUUAUGUUAUAUUCCACCAAAGUCAUGCAUAUUUAUGUUUUUCGAUACGUUCUCGUUUUCUACCUUGCUAAAUUAAAUCUGUCUUGAGAACUAUCUUACAGGAUCUCACACGUGUGUAAAACGAUUUCUGAUCUUAUCCGGUUGAACGUUUUUUAUUUGCAGGGUGAUGAUCAACUAAUUGAAAGACUAGCUGGUCUAGAUGGGAUUAUUACGGAGUCGGGCAAUAAUUUGAAAGAAGAAUCUGGCAAAAAGAAUCGAGUUCGAGUCCUAGCUGAGGUAAGUGCAAGAAAGUUUGUUUUUCUGCACAGCCUUGGUUCUGCAGGCCUGAGCGAUUUGCUUUAAUCGCAUCGCCAAAAGGUGCAGGUAUUAUUUUAAUUAGCAAUUCCUUGGCUUUCUUAGGAAUAAUUUCCCUUAUAGAAUCUUUUUAGCAGAAAGCGAGUUAUGCUUUUGGUGCAAGGUGUUUGUAAACAAUACUGUGGGGAACCUUUGUCCAAUCCGUGAUCUUUAAAUUAAGAAUUUACGCAGAAUUUUAGAAAUAGAAGCCUACGCAUUUCUUUCGAAAACAGUUGUCUCCUACUUUUAGCCCCAUUUGUUUCGUUUACGUUAAUUCAAUGUGUCGAAUAUUAAAUACAUUUGAUAUCUCAAAUAUUGCAUCGCUAAUUCGUCUCUAUUUGAGUUAGAAAUAACAGAGUUCCUUUCUGCCUUGUUUGUUUUGCAUGAAUGAAUAUCUGUGAUCAUUCAGAACGCUUUCCAUAGCGCUCACUAGAAAACAGAUGAAUGUCGUGUUUUCGCGGUGGAAAAAUUCUUAAAGAAUGCUUUUAUAAGGUGACUUCGUUCGCUUGAUGGCUUGUGUCAUAUUGUUUGCUCUGCAUUUCGGCAAUGAACCAUGUUGUCAUAAUAACGUUUCCAUUUGCUUGAUAACACCUCUCUCAGCUUGAACCAGUUUGGAACCUUAAAUAGUUUCUCCCUCGUCUUUUUCGUUUCUUAAAAGUACUUUAGUGUGUAUUUCCGGUGACUUGAUCACUAUGUGGUAUACUACACUUUUCACUAGGUUUUGGAUCGCUGAAUUUUAAUAGCACUGAUCAUGACUUAUCAAUCAACUGUAAUUUGCCGUGGAAUUUAAUCGCUGUUUUGCUCAAAGCUGGCACUGUUUGCCUUUUAACCCUCAGCUGACAAACUCUGUAUUGUAAAGAUCCUCGAGCCUCGGAGAAGUCUAGCACUUGAAUGUGUUAUGUAGUAAUUUCUUUCGUGGCUCGCAUGUCACGAUAUUUAGGAAUGACCCUUUAUACAACUAUUAUUCUUUGUGAUAAACGUCUCGCGGUUGAUAGUAACCUUUUUGUUUUAGACAGUAGCGUGUUUACGAAACCCUUUAGUUUGAUUUGCAUGAGAAUAAAUGCAUGAUCGGUGAUUGUUGAGUUUGUGCAUGUUAAGCGGUGCCGAAAUGUUGCAGAUAUGUAAAGCUGUCGAAAGCUAUAUACGUAAUCCAAGACCUUCAGUCCCGUCUUCUAUUGCACGCUCGUUGAUAAAGUGAUGAUAAGGAGUGAUAAGAGAAUUCCAAUUUGCUUGGUAUCACUUGCUGUUACCUUGCCAUGGACAAACAGAAAUUUAAUAUACGUCCUACCUUGUAAGGGGCAAACAGAAAUUUUGUUGAUAUGUAAAUAAAUGUUGUGAGGUCACGGUGUGGGUUUCAAAUUUUUUUUUUUGGUAUUAGGUGAAUUCGUUCUCUUUUAAAGCCAAAUGGUUUCUGAGCUUCAUUUUGUACAGUACUUGGAAGGGUAUAAACUCACUCAACAAUAUGAAGUUCAAACCUUUCUUGGAAUCACAUUUGUCUUAAUUGCAAGGCAAUUUUAUGUUCUUUUGUGCUCAGGAUUAAGGAUAUUAAUAAUUUCUUCAAAUCUGCAGCUAAAAUGUAAUUAAUUUGAUCGAAGUGCAUAUUUUGUGUAUUGAGCUUUUUAAUACAGCUGUGAGCUCACCAAUAACAUAACAAGCUUAAAAAAUUAACUCAGUUGUUGUGGUAUUAAGAUUGACGUCUUCAGAACCUAUUUUUUUUGUGGCAUUUCUUGAUUUGAUUCCAAAUUGAAUGUGUUCUCUUAAUCUUUGUUUUUCAUGUUUAAAAUUCAAGUAAAAUUUCUUCUUAAUACAUAGAAUUUAUUUUAAAUUGAAGCCCUUUGUUGAGUUUAGCUUAAAUGGUAAACAAAAUGGUACAUACAGUUUUGACAAAUUGGAGUAAAAAAAAAAACUGUUUGACUGGGAAGCAGAAAUAUAACCAUUGUAGUUUAAACUUAGUGUCACGUUUUCAACAAGCUAACAGACAGACUUGAAAUAUUGUCAUUAUAACAUUUAGAUUAUGCCAUCAGUGCGGAAUAAUUGAUUUUUAAUUCAUUACUUUUUUUACUUUUGUGGGUCUUAAAUUAAUUUUGUUCAUUUGGACAAACACUAGAUAUAUAUAUUUUUUUAUCUCAAAUACCAGUAAAAUGUAAACUUUUGUAGUUAAUUACUGAUUCAAAUGCAAUAAUGAAUUCAAUCAUUGUUCAAGUUUGUGGUUAUGCGAAGCCUGGAUUAAUCCUGUUUGAUAAAUGUUUCUUUAAAGAGCAGUAACCUUUUCAUGACAAAGUAAUAGAUUGAAAUCAAAAUGUGACCAAGACAACUGAUGAAUUUGGCUUAGCAGUUAACUCAGUAAGCAGAUAUUUUAACUUGAAAUAACCUUAAGAGUAUACCAAGAACAGGAAGAAGAAAAGAAAACCUUUAUUUUAAUAACCAUUAAAACAAAGUUAUUUUGAGUUUUCAAGGGUCAAAUAAUAGUUCAAAACAAUCCAAUGAAGAUUCUGUAAUAACUGAUUUGUCACAGAGGUAUCUUCCCUUGGGUAGAGAUAUUUUCACAGACUGCUUAUUGUAGAAAAACUGCCUUGUAUAAGUUACCAAUUGGAUAUGGUAGAACCAUGGUAAAUUAAUCCAUUUGUAAAGAAGACCCUGGUUUAUUGCACAAUUCCAUAAGCUCAAAAUUUGAGAAGUGUUUUGGAACUAAACCCCAGCGAAUCUACAGUUUGUUCUUUGCAGUUAGUUUUAAAGAAGUCAAAAGCAGUUGGCUGACAUCUCUUUCUGGAAAAAGUUUGCUCUUAGAUGUCUCUCUGGUUUUGCUACAAAUGUUCAACUGACUUGUAUUGAAAAACAUAUAAACCAAGAUGAUAUACUUUUGUUUUAAUAAAUGUUUUUGUUAAGAGUCUUGUGGUUGUACAUCUUUAAGAGGCUUCUCUAUUUGCUACCUUCCUUUUCCAUCCAACAGGGCGUGAAAUUGCGCCUAAUACAGGCGCCAGUAUGACUAAAUUUUUCACUUUGGUGACCAAAUCCUGAAAAGUAGUCGCCAAAUUGGCGACUAGAAUCAUAACCAUACCUAGAGAUGUAUUGAAUUAAAAAGAUUUGGAAAGAUAAAUCCGCAGCAAACUUCCUCGUUAAGUGAUAUCGAAAACUAGUAGCCAUCUUGGACUUAGGUGAGCUUGAAGUUUUUAUAUCAUCCAUCCUAGUGUCCACUUUGUAGAACUUUGUAGAACUUAAUUUUGGAGGGUUUAUCUAGAACUCUGAUAGCGUAAAAAGAGAAAGGUUUUUUGUCUCUAAAAAUGGCAAUCAACUUUUUUUGAAUCAGCUAUCAGAAAAAAAAAUUAAUUUCACGCCCUGUCCAAGGCAUCUAAUUACUUGCACAUUGAUUAAACAAAGAAUAUUAUUUGUUUUAUUUUCCUGGCAAAUAUUUUCCUAGGUUUGUGUCAGCCAUUUACGGUUAUAUUUGGAAGUUGUGGGCAAUCAGUGUUGAUAAAAAAUCUUGCUCUAAAGUGUAUUGUCAUAGGGAUUGCAGUUAUUAAAAUUGCCGUAGACACUUCGCUUUAAAUUUAUUAUGGAUUGAAGUUGGUAUCCUAAAUAACAACAUUCACAUCACUGUUGACAUCUCAAGUUGUGUUUUUGUUUUUGAAUAUACAGUGUACAAGUAUGCCCAUCAAUAGGCAAAAAACACACUUGAAUAGACAUCUUGUGUUUGCGGAAAUAGUUUUUCAAGGUUCAACUUUUUUUUUAAAGAUGUUUGCAAUGUCUCCAAUUGAUAGUAUGUAUGGAUAAAACUAAUACAAUUUAUAAAUUUUGAUCCAAAGCUACAAGCACACAAUAAAAUUUUACUGAUCAUUGUAUAGGAAGUAAAUUAUGGGAUGUAGUUGUUUUGAAAUUUCAAAAUCAAGCAGAUAGCUUGUUAUAAUGGAACCCAAACUGAACAGAGACAGGUUUUCAGAAAUAUGAAGGCUAUGUACUAGUUCUGCUCGAGAAAGAUUACUAUGACUUAAGGUCAAGAGCUUCUUUCUUUAUUCGAGUGUUUUGAUCAAACUGAGUUUUACCCUAUCUUGGUCUGUUUACACACCACAAUAUUGUUGUGCAUUAUGCACACUUAUUAAAUAAAAUUAUAUGUUGUCUCAACGCAUAGUUCGUGUUCAUUUCUGAAAAGCAAUUACUCUAAUUUAGUCAAACUGCUGUUAAAAAUUCUUAAGCUUCAUUCAUUUCUUGCUUAAAUGUCCAAGCAUUUAUGAAAAGCAGAUAUGCAGAUGAUAGCUUUUGUGGCUUGAAUUUUUAGAAAUGUUCUAGUUUUUAAACUGCCUAUACAAAGAUCAAGUUUUUGGUGUGUCUUUUGCCUCAGUACAGACUAAAUCAGAAUUUUUUGUGAUGUAGGACUUUGCAACAAUGCUGAAGGAGCUAAACCAAGCCAGGGAACAACUUUUAGAAAAGGACGAGGAGAUCAGUGAACUGAAGUCUGAGAGAUGUAAUACAAGAGUGAGUAUUUGUCAGUGCUCGACAACUCUUUACCCCUUUGCAUGUAUAUCAAAAUGGUAAACAUCCUGUCUCUCUGUUUUACAUUCCCUUGUACUAUAAAUUAGAUUUUGUGUUUUAUCAAAAUUUAACCCGGGGCUAAAGCAUUGAAAACACUUGGAGACCUUAUAGGUUGAUUACAUCCGAAAUCCUAAAGGGGUUAAAUUGCUCCAUGAGGACAAUGCAAGCUUAAAAACUCCCACAGAUAGAAUCUACCAUAGUCAUUCAAAUAGUAAUCACCCUUUGAUUACCUCCCUCACAGUCAGCUCCUUUCGUAUCUCAGCCCCCUCAUUUAAUUAUCUCCUUCACCACCUAUCUCCCUUUAUCUGACCCACUCCAUCAAUUUGCCCUUAUAAGACCUACUUGAUUUAGUCAAUACAAAUUUACACAUCCUGUCAGAGUUGUUCUCACUAGUUUUCAAAAUCCUUUAUAGCUAAGUGUUCUUUAUUACUUCCCAUACUUACCUACUUCCUUCCUACAGAUAUUUGCCUUCUCCUCCUCCUCCUCCUCCUCCUCCUUGCCCCCCCCCCCCCCCUUUUUCGGGUUGAACACAGAAAAUAAACACAAUAUUUAAUUUUUUUUCUAUAAAUAGUAUUGAAUACUAACAUGAUUCAAUUUGCUAAGUAUCUCAUUUUGUCAGCUAAAAGGAAUUUAAAAAAUCUCUGUGGUAUUUUGUGUGGUCUGUUAGGUUUUUGGGUCCAUUAAAAAGGGUUGCGCCAGGUGUUUUUUAUUCCCCUUCUUUCAUUCGUAUAUCAUCAAUCACAAUCAUUGUGCCAGAAGUAGUUUCAAAGAAGUUAAUUGUAAAUCAAUGAUGCGUAAACAAUGGUCCUCCAAGUUCUUGAAAGGGAGGGUGUGGUACUGUCAUGCAACUGUGAUAGGAUAUUGGUGGUUUUUAAGUGCUCCCUCUCCCUCUCCCUCUCCCUCUCCCUCUCCCUCUCCCUCCCCCUCCCCUUAAAAAAAUAAAAACAAACAGUCAAAUUCCUAAAAGACUAGGGUAUAAAUUUGACAUUAACAGGCAAGGUAACCCCCAUUUUCUGCCUAAGCUUUUGGAAAACUCUGUAAACAAUAUUGCAUUUACUUUUGUUUUUUUUUCACUUUUUUAUGACCCUCAAACUAAGUCUAAUGUUAUGGAAAUUGCAGGCAUCUUAUAUUCUGCCCUGCCCCUUGUGGGUGACAGAUUCACCUUUUGAAAUAAAAGAAAGGCAUAACUCCCUUGUCAAUUUAAAUUCAGCUUCAAAUGAAUUAUGAUGUCUGUCCAUGAUUGUAAUGACAUCAGUGAAUAAUUUUGCAAUCUUUCACAGCUUGUGCUUUCUGUACAAACAUUAUCAGAUUGAACUGAUACAUAAAUCUUAUCUUAUCUCUCCCCUGUUUAUUAAUCUUCACCACCCUGGCACUGACAGACAUAUUAAAUGAAGUCAUUACCUUGAAACUCACCUGAUAGAGACUAAUUUAAAAUAUGCUGUAAUUCUGCUUUCUACCAAACAGUUACACUAACAAGGGUCACACUGAUAGGAUAUGGACUGACUUUAUCCUUUUUUUUUUGUCUUUGAUUUGUUGAUAAUUAUUUAACUAGCUAAAUGCAUUAAAAUUAAAAAAGCUAUUUCCUUCUAAAGUCUAAUGUACAAUUUGUGCAAUUUUGUAUUCAAGUCAAGUCAGUUCUUCUCACUGACAUAAAAGUAUAAACUGAUUCAUGGGUUUGAGGUAACAUUCUGACAGAGGCAGAGUGUGUUUAAGCAGUUGGGGUGAUUUAAUUUAUUGCCUCUCUUGGUUGCAAACAGAGACACAUAUAUAACUCUGCAAGUGUUAAAAAUUACAUUGCUCUGAAAGGGAUUGACUGAUGUUUUUCUUUUGUUGUUUGUUUGUUUGUUUUUUGAUUUUCGGGGUUUUUUUUCCAACUUUUUGCAGCUUCUCUUGGAACAUCUAGAAUGCCUAGUAGCACGGCAUGAAAGAUCACUAAGAAUGACAGUUGUUAAACGACAAGCAGCCACAACAGGAGGAGUAUCUUCAGAAGUAGAAGUUCUCAAGGCUCUUAAAUCUCUCUUUGAACAUCAUAAGGCUCUAGAUGAAAAGGUCAGCAUUAGUGUCCUGUGUGUUACUCAGAAAAAUAUUUCAUGUUUGCAAGAAUGUUAAUUAAAGAAGUAUUUUGUGAGCAAUUUUGGAGCCUUACCCUGCAUUAUGGCCUUGUUUUUCCACAGCUCUAUGUUCUUAUAGUGAAAGUUGUGAUGAGUUAUGGUUGACAUGGACAGAUAUUUGAAAGGAACAGCCAUUACUUGUUGCUCAUUCUUGGUCAACAAAAAAAUACCCGUUUUUGUAUAUCAUUGAUAAUUAAUACCUUUCUUGUGAUGUGGUCUUCUAAUUGAGUUGGUGAUAAUUGCAUAGGUACGGGAAAGACUACGACAAGCUGUAGACAAAAACAAUGCACUUGAAGCAGAACUUGAAGAAACACGAGAAAAGGUAUUGGACUUCUUAAUCUUCUUUCAUACUUGCUGUUCUUUGAGAGGUUGUGGAUUAUGAGUGAAGAAUAGAUCUUCUCAAGUAAAUUGCAAAGAGUGGACAAACUUGUGUCACCAUGUUGCUGGUUAAGAAUGAGGCAAAUUUUCAUCUCUCUCUCUCUUUUUUUUUCCUUUUUUUUCCUUCAAAUUUUUGAGAAAGUAUUCUCAGGUCAAAUCUUACUUCACCUCGAGAUGACAAGUAAUGAUUUAUUUCUCACUGUUACAUUUCCAUUUAAUAAAUUAGAUUUUUAUCCUUUUUAGUUGUGAGAAACCUUUUCCAGUCCUUAUACAAUCAAAUGUUGAAUAUUUCUCUGUGGUUUUUGUUGUAGCUCAAAGAGCUUGAACAAGAAAAUGAAGACAUCAGACUGCGGAAUCUUAGAAGAGUAAGAACUGAAGAAAAACUUCAUACAUCAAGUGAAAACUGUCUAGAAAAUGGGGAUGAGAAUUCUAAUGGAGAGAAGGUUAACAUUUCAGUCUUAGUUGAUUUUUCUAAUAUGACUUAUUCUAAGAAAUAAGUUGUUAUUUAAAGGUACUUUAUCAUGGCAUCACUGAUUAAACAAUAUUCAUUUACCCCCUUCACAGAAUAAUUUUUAUGAAAAUGUUGUGAAAAUCAACUACUGAUAACCUUUCAUUGAAUUGUUUCUGUCAGUAAUAAUUUUUGGAGGAAAUAUGCAAUGUAUCUUCUGGUUAUGAAGUUAAACAAAGAAUUUGGCUUCUUCAGGAGUGCCACUUUGUUUUUUAUUUCCACUUGGUUAUUUUUUUUUUAGUUGCUGUCAUCUCCCCAUUGUAAAUACAGGUAAAUGUAAUUAACAACUGCAUUACCGAACAGCAUAGUUUUUCACAGCCAAAAGUUUUUGUUUUCUGCAGCAUCUUUCCAACGGACCAGUUAGUGUUGAUGUGACUGCACAUGAAGAGCAAAUGGAAGAGAUGCAGUUCCUCUUGGAUAAGAGGACAAAGGAAGUGGAGCGGGUAACGGCUGUUGUGUUUUAGUAUUAACUUAGUUCCCUUUUGGCUGGUAGUUGGAAUCUACUCACAACUGUCUGUAUCCUCUGGCAUGAGAUUUUUGUAAAUUACCUAAACUGAAUUACAAGGAUGGGGGUUUCAACCCUUAAACUUUUAAGAUCCAAUUGAACUAUGCAGCUCUCCCUUUUAGAGACUAGGUAUUUCCAUGUAAAUGAGCAAUUUGUGAGGCAAAAUUUAAUUUUAAAAAGUAACUGAAGCUUGCAAAACAUUUGCUUUUUCAAAAAUCCUUAAUGCGACUGCAAGCAUUGCUUACUUAUGUUCUGAAAUUUCCUUUGUUUUUAGCUCACAAGAGAAAACAAGGACUUGAAAGAGAGAUGUACAACACUUGAAGAAGAAUUACGAAUAUGUAAUAAACAGCUUGACAGAGGAAAUGCCUCCAUUCAAAGACUAGAACGAGAUUUAGAUGAGGUAUCUACACAUUGAAAUGGUCUUUCUUCUUAAUUUGUUUUCAAGUUAACUUAAAAGCCAAUUGUUUGGGGUCAUCACAAAUCAUGUUCUAUCAUUCACUAUCACAUCAUUUGGACCUAUGUGCAUAUAGCAAAAGACAAUUGUCAAGAGUUACACAUACAUCUAAAUGUUUAUGAAUUACUGUGGAUUAAAUCUAAAAUAGGGAAAGCAGUUGAUGUUUUGUCCAGAUAUGAAAGCCUAGAAAGUCAUCAUGGAAAAGGACUUAGAAUAAAAGAUACAAAUAACUAAUUACAAUGAUCUUUUGAGGUGCUGCUUUUCAAAUUGGGAAAAAACUUUUUGAGAGAUUUGAAAAAGUGCAACUGUAGGUGUAUGUUGAACUCCAAUUAAGGACUACAGUAAAACAAAGUUUCAAGCAGAAAGGGUUAAAGAGCUUGACUUAGAGUAGCAAGUCCUUCAUACAAGCCAGGCUCAGACCCCUUCCUUCCAAUCUGGAAUUCAGUAAUUGUUAAUACACUGUUUCUCUUGCCAAGCUGAUGCAUUUUAAAUUUAUUUGUCUCCCAACAGGCAGCAGCACAGAAAUCAGAUAUGGAGGAUAGAGUGGCAACCCUUGAGAAGCGUUAUGUACGACUUCAACAUGAGGUCACUGCACUGAAUGAUGAUAAUGAGAGACUGGAAACUGAACUUGCCAGCAAAGAAAGUGAACUUAUCCAGGUAGAAAAAGUAGAAAGAUAGUGAUGUCAAGAUUUCUAAAGUUUUACUGAUUUAACACUUUUACCCCCAAGAUCUUAGUAGUAAUUCUUCUUACUGUUGGCCAUACAACUCUCAUGAAGCAAAUUAAACAUCUCAUACAAGUUACAGUUAUCUACUAGUGCUUCUUGCAGUUUGGCUGUGUGUGACAAAUUACAAAAAUUUGAAACAUUAACUAUUGAUAUUGGCAACACAACUUUUUUUUCUCUGAGUAUAUUUUUAAAAUAACUCAAUACUUGAUACUCAAUAGGCUGAAGAGAAAGUAAGGUGUCAGCAAGAAAAACUAGAACUAGCAGAGCAGAACCUGAACCAGUCUUUACGAAAAGCUGAAGCUUUACCCAAAAUAGAAGAAGAACUAGCUGUUCGAAUGGCAGCUUUAAAUGAGGUGAGAACUUCUUGUUAGUUUUAUAGUAAGAGCAGUUGGGAACUUAUAUUCAGAAAUAUAGAUGGCCGCAUUCUCUUUUUCAUUUUAGCCCAAUAAUGUAGAGGAAUGAAGUGUCACAAUCACCUACAUUGUAUGGUAAAGAAACAUAACUACCCAAAUAUUCCAUUCCAUGAAAGCCUUAUUUUUUAAUGAAAUGCCCAAACAAUUGAAAACAGUAAGGAAAAAGUUUGAAUGAAAUUUUUUGUUGCUUAUAAUAUUUGAAUGAAUAAUCAAAAGCAGUGGGUCUGUUGUAACCUGAUUUAUUUUUACCAUACAAUCUGUCUUUGGUGAAUGUCGUUUAAUGGGCAGACAAAGGAGGACCUUAAAUUACUUUUAGUUGCAAUCAGUAUUCUACAUAGAGCUUUGGUCCAGAUACCAAUUACACAGUUUUGGUUGUGUUUCAAGGCUGCAGAGAAACAAGGCACAGCUGAAGAGACUGUUCAACAACUACAGAGCCAGGUUAAGGACUUACAAGCAGAGCUCAACAGGGUAAGAGAUGGAUGGGAAGGGCUGCACGGGUCAUGUUUAAUAAUGUCAACAUAACAUAAUUUGUAGUUCGUGUAGUGUGAUCGUCCGGGUGAGUGUAGUUCUGAAAAGAACUGUUGUUGGUGACUGACGUUUCGACUAUCUGUGCGAUAGUCAUCUUCAGAGUCAAGUGAGGAGUAGUUGUCAGUCGAUGAUGUUACAAAGUCUGGUCUGUUGAACGUGAUUGGUCUGUUUUGCUGAAAUGUGAUUGGCUGGAAGACUCGUGUAGAGUUUGUUAACAGUCAUUGGUCGGUUUCGAUCCGUCUGUUGUUUGUCGGUCUGUUUGUCGGUUCGUUCACGUCGUUAAUGAGUCGUUUGUAAGGUGCUGGUAAUUGUUGACAUCUGUUGAGAGGCGUCUGUUCUAAGUUAGUGAACCAGCUUUCCAGAGUCAGUCGUUGACAGACCAGACUUUAUAACAUCAUCGACUGACAACUACUCCUCACUUGACUCUGAAGAUGACUAUCGCACAGAUAGUCGAAACGUCAGUCACCAACAACAGUUCUUUUCAGAACUACACUCACCCGGACGAUCACACUACACGAACUACUGAUACUCCUGGGUUCAAACCAUUUACUUUAUAACGUAAUUUGAUAGAAAUAAUUCUUUGUGAUAGUUCUUUGUCUUUUCAAUAUGGAAGUCCAGGUAAGGAAAUUUAUUAAGGAUAUGUCACCACUGGAUCCACACCAAAUUCACAGAUACAGGCUUGGUCCUGCUAAACUUACACUCAAAUGAACCCAAGCAUUUAAUAAUCAAAAAGUUCACAAGAGCUUAGUUCAGGGUCACUGUGUGACAGUCUUGGACAUGAUGCAGCCAUGAUGCCUCUAUCAUCCAGGAAUGUUAUUUGGUAGUAGAAAAUCACUUGAUGAACCUAGAUGUAGGCACUAUAAAAUAAAAAAGUCCACAAGAUCCUAGUUUGGGGUCACUGUGUCACAGUCUUGGACAAGGUUUGGCCAUGGUGCCUCUAUCAACUAGGAUAAUUAUUUGGUACUAAGAAAUGUGAUAAAAAGCCUUCAGGUAGUGAAGUGAUAUCAACAGUUAAAAGUCAAGUUUGUUUUUAUAUUAGGCACGUGAAAGAGAAAAGAUGAAUGAAGACCACAACACAAGAUUGUCUAAUACAAUUGAUAAACUGUUAGGCGAGUCUAAUGAGAGAUUACAGGUGCACCUUAAGGAGCGCAUGACUGCAUUAGAGGAGAAGGUUUGUCAUUUAUUUAACUUCAUUGCUUGUGGGUAGAUAUUUGGUUAUUGGUCUCUGUUCAAUAAUAUUUUGUUUUAAGAAUUUAAGAGAUUUAUGCUUACAUUUUCCCCAAUUAAACUUAACUUCAGCACAUUCUAAUAAUGGAUAACUAUUCAAGAUUUUCAUAGGAAAACCUCAUGAUUGUAUCAGUUUUUCUAGAUACUCUUUGUUGAUUUUUAUUAAUUUUGUUAAUUUGACUUAAAUCUUAUUCUUGAAUGGAAGGUUCAUACAAGUAUUUCCUAACAAUUUUCUAAUAUGUCUAUUUCUAUUCUUAAUUUUCUGCCAGACUGCUUUGAAUCAAGAACUUACAGCAGUGAAAUCACAAGUAGAAGAUCUUCAAAGAGAAAAGGUAUGAAGUAAGGGUACAAUUUUCAUGUUAGCAAUCUCUCAAGGUUGGUUGAAAGGUGGUAACCAACAAGAAAAAAGACCAUCAAAGGAUUUAACUUUUCAAGUUACAAUCAAUUUUUAUUUUAAAGUCAGACAGUUUUUAACCUUAAACACCAGAAAUGUCACCACAGGUGAACUCAUAAUCACUGAUUAAGGAAAAAAACAGUCUUGCUUCAGUUGAUGCAGUUCAGUUAGAUAGUGUUAGUUUCCAGUGUUAAAAAAUGUUCUCAAAGACUUGGUUUAUGUUAAUUGAAAUACGCUUAGUUAACCUGAGUUUCUCAAUUUUCUUUCCUUGUGUACUCCAUGCCAAUGUUAGCCAUCCUUUGCCAUUAUUUAUUCUUGUUGGGGUUGUUCUACAUAAUUCUUUGACUCCCAAGAUCUGAUUGUUGAUUCUCCCCUGUAGCUGCUACACAUUUCCUUGUAAGUUAGUUAUGAGAAUCUGGUGUUAGAUCAAGAUCCUGGAUAUUAUGGGGAUAAGUUACAUGUUGAUCACUUCUGGAAGUCAAAUGGUUUAACAAGCUGUAAUUGUAAGGUUACCAUCUACAGUUAGUUCAGAGGCAAAACAAAUUGACAUCUUUUUCAAUCUUUUUUUUCCUCAAGGAAAUAUUAGCUCUAGAACUUGGAAGACUGAAUGAAGAAUUUGAAAAAAUUAAAUCCAAGGUAAAUUAGUUGUCUUUGUGCUUGCUUUGGCAUUAAUUUUGCUAUACAUGUAUCGCUUUUGAUUGAGCUCAAUAGCUUGAAAAUUGUUCCCAGGAGUGAAAUAUUUGUAGUUCCUAGUGCUGCAGCAACAAUUAUGUCUUUCUUAGAUGUGGGUGGUGGGCAAGUUGUCCUCUACAUCCUUAUCAAAGUUUCAAUAACUGAUUCAGCUUUCUGUUUCAUGUAGGGUCCUACCAAUGCAGCAGUUAAUGGUCCUGUUGUAAAGUUCAGGUAUGAAUUCAUAAGCAAAGUACAGUACAUGUGUAAUCCUAUCUAAUAAGACUCUGAAAUCCUUAGAAUCCUUGUGAAUGAAGUUUAAAGAUUUCUGUUUGAUCAUCUUCUGUUUCCUCUGUUACUAUGCAUCAACUGAAUGUUAUGAAUAAAAAAAUUAUUGUUUCAAAAAUGAUGUUUCGCAGUUAAGUCUCCCUUUUCCUAAACUAGCAUGUCCUGUCCCCCUUUCAGAACACAAUUUAGGGUGUAGUUUGGGGCUCUAAAAUAUUCAUGCCUGAUUUGGUGGGAAGGACACUAUGAACGUGAUUCUAAGUGAUUGAUGAGAACAAUUAUGUAACCAUUACAAUCACAAUUGUCUUUAGUUACUAAUAGUAUUGAACUUUAUGUCAGUGCAUAUGUGUGGUUGUGGUUAAGUCUCUAAACAUUUCCAAACUUAUCGUUUGAUGCUUUAGUGAGCCAAUCAGGCGAGAGACAAAAGGUCGCGCAGGAAUAGAGGAAGCACCAAGCAGGGUCUUUACACUAAAUGAACAAGAAUGGCAGAAACUGGAACAGGAAAGUGUUCUGAAGAAUGUUGCUAUGGCCUUUGACACUGGUAAACUUUCAGACAUUGAAAGUGAUGCUGGAAGUGAUAUAUCAGAAGAAAGAGGUGUUAGUGGUGAUGCACAGACCUUAGCUUCCCUACUACAACAGCAGAUAGAUAUUAUUAACAAGGAACUCAAGUAAGUUGUUUUCUUAUUGCUAGGUGCCAUUUGAUACAUAGAUUUUGUCACAUUUAGCAUUGUAUUCUUUAUUAUUGCAAUUUACUGUUGUUUUUUCUUUGAAAUAACCUUUUUAGUCAAUUACAAGAGGAACACAAAACAACAGAAAGAAGAGCCAUUGUACUUGAAAAUACUGUAACAAAGAGUCCAAGGCAUCAAGAUGUGUAUUCAGCUAAUUCUCAACAGGUAUGUAAUUAUUUGAAAUUUAGGACUAUUGUUAUAAGUGUCUUAAAGAUUAAAUUUACAUUAUUUUAACUGUUUGCUCAGAGAGCUGCAUUGUGGUAUUAAAAUUGAAAAAAAAAAAAAAUUCCAGGUAGCUGUGAAAAAUUUUUGUAUAUGAAGUUUAUAUUUGUUUCUCUCCAUUGCCUCCUUGUCCUGCUAAAUAUUUCCUUAUGUUGAAAAAUGUGCAUGAAGUGAGGUAACUUUCCCCUCUAACUGGUGUAGAUAUCAAUGUGUGUCAUGUAUGAGAAUUGGUAGAAAUCACUUGUGCUUACCUCUUCACAAAGUUUAGGUUAACUGAACAUCUUUUAAUUUAAUGAGACUUAGCAUUCUAAUUUUGUUAAUUUGUUGUCAGCUUUGUAGACUAUGGAUCUAGCUAUUUUUUUCAGUCAUUUCUAGCUCUUGCUGGUCAACUUCGCAGUUUCAAUAUUUUUCUUGCCUUUUUUUUUAAGGAGUUGGUUGCAUCCUCUACAUCAUUUCCUUUUCCUCCUCUGGAUCCAAUGGAUACAACACCAAUCUGGGUGUGUACUCUAACCUUGUUUGCUACAGAAAAUUAGUUAUCAGUGUAUGUUUGUCUUAAAAGUUUGGCUUGCAAAAUGUAGAUGAUGAUGAGUAAAAAUUGUGGCAGUCAUUCUUUAUUGUCUCUUCAGUUGCACCAUGUGGUUAUAGUUGCAUUUCAGCCAGCUAACCAUUGCACAGUUCUGGCAAAGUUCCCAGUCAGCUUACUAUUAUAUAUAACCCUGAAUUAAUUCCAACCUUUGAUGAAUUGACAGAAUUUAGUGCUGAUUGAUUCUCCUCCAUUUUUUUGACAUCUACAUUGCACAUAAUAUGAGUGUGUAUUGAGUGUCAAGUUCAAUGUUUUGUAUUUUAAUAAGUUUGAACCCUGGCUUCAAUUGUACUCUUUUUCAACUACCUGAAGAUUUCUGAUGAACCCUAACAAUAAAGAAUGACUAAGAGUAGGAGGUCAAAGUAUGCUAUAAAACCCAGAGUAUAGCAGUGAACAUGGAAGCCUUUCCAGACAUUACUUACUGAAAUGUCUGUGUUCAUUAGUGGUAACUUUUGUUGUGUACAUAGGUCAAGUCAAGCAAGGAAGGUUCACUCAACACCCUAGAUGAUGCACCCACUCCUCCCACACCCAGUUCAGGUACAUCAGAUUCUACAGAGAGUUCCAAACCCAGUCAGAGUGGUGCAAACUCAAGUCCUUUACAUGAUCAUGCAAGCACUGUUCCAUCUACCAAUGGCAUGAUGAAAUUAAGGUUAGCCAUCUCUUACAGCAGUGCAAUAAGCUUAAUAAAGGAAAAUGUAUUAUAAGUAGAACCUCCAGCUGCAAACAUGGACUGCUCAAGUGUGAUUUAACCAGGUCUGAGUCAACAUAGUUCUAUUGUUCCUGAACAGUACCACUGGCCUGAUUCUGCAGAAAGAAAAUUACUUAACCUAGCAUCGAGCCAGGGAACCUCUUUUAACUUUAAUUAGUAAGAGUACAUGAUUUACUCGUGUGAACAAAUUUCCCUGCCAGUGGCAAUUAAGGAAAUAUGUCAUGGCUAGGCAUUCAUCAAUUUUGCCAGACCUAUUUUAAAUUCACAAGAAUAUGUCAUGAUGUUACAAAGUAAAUAAUUGUUAAUGUGAUUUCAUUUCACUGUGUGACAGGGACAGCUCAGUAGACUCAUUACCAAGUGCAACAAGCACCACAAGCAGUGCAGAGUCUCUAUCAAAGAACAGCAAAGGCAAGAAAGGGAUCAAAGGAUCAUUUGGACGAAUUUUUAAAACAAAGACUAAAAAUAAGGACAGCACAGGUGUCCUUACAGACUCUUAUUCGCUCCCCAACGAAUCUGUACAAGGAGGGAGUGGACAACGUGAGUUAGACAGGCGAAUAAAAAAUAAAUCACACUUGUUAGCAGAGGCACUAGAAGCUGGGACACCAUUUGCUUUGUGGAAUGCACCUACAGUUGUGGCAUGGUUAGAGGUCAGUUUAAUGCAGAUGAUCCUUCUUCCUUUGCAGUUUUAUAUCUUAUGGUGCCUAAAACAGAGAACCAGAAUCUGUUUUUUCACCUAAAUAGUAGUAAAGAGAGCAUUGUGGAAAUCUUGUCAUUGCCUUAAUUGACAAAUCUGGAACAAGUUAUUUAGUGGAAUACAUAAUAAAUCGACUUAUGGAGGAGAGUUGUUGUUUAAUGUAAUGAUGAAAACAUCUUUAAUAUUUCAUGACAUAGUGGAAGUGACCAUUGACAUAAGUCUAAACAGUUUUCUAUUAUAGAGGAAGUUUUGAAUUUUCUAAGUUUUCCUUUGUAUUUGUUGUUUGUUGUUAUAGUUGUGGGUAGGCAUGCCAGCCUGGUAUGUGGCAGCUUGUAAAGCAAAUGUGAAGAGUGGAGCCAUAAUGUCGGUAAGAAACUUUUGUUAUACUGCGCUUGCUCAAUAUUUUAUAUGGUUUCUCAUGGUAAUGUAUCAUAUUUAACAUAUUUAUCUUGAGGUAUAAUUCAAUUUUUGCUGCAUAUAGUUAUUCCAAAACAGAGACGUACCAAAACUCCAAUCAUAUGUGUGAUAUAAAAUUCUGAUCAUGAUUGGUAUUGUUUCAGGCUCUGUCAGAUACAGAGAUUCAACAUGAAAUUGGAAUAUCCAAUCCACUUCAUCGACUUAAGUUGCGGCUCUCCAUUCAAGAAAUUGUCACCCUCACAAGUCCCUCCUCACCUACCACCAACAGAAAUGUGAGUUUACAGCAAAGUAAAGCAAUGAAUAGAAGAAUCUGUGGGGCAUGUUAUGUAAAGAGAUCAAACAAGUGCUGCAAAGGACACUCAUCCUUGGAAAAAAUAAAAUGAGAAGGCUUGAUUUAGUCAGCCUUUCUCAUUUUAUCUUUUCUUUCAUUUAACCAUGUAUUUAGAUCAUUCAUUUGUGAUAAAUCUUUUCUUACUUCUUGUGAUGUUGAUCAUGCAGCACUUAAGUUAUAACACUCUUUCUUUUAGUCUCUUGUUUAUGGCGAAAUGAACCAUGAUUGGGUUGCAAAUGAAUGGCUGCCAAGCUUAGGUCUUGCUCAGUACAAGGUGAGGUUUAAUUUUAGAUAUUUUUCUCUUUUCUCUCAUUUGGAUUCUGUUCCUAGACCUUCCCAGAUUUUGAAGAGUGGUCUGUCCCGAUUAGCUCUAACCAUCUGAGUGCCAGUUUAGCCAAAAAUUUUAUUUUAAGAAUGAAAGAUAAAGGUUACAGUUCAAUGAAAAAUGUGAAUUUAGUUAACUAUAAUUUGCUAUAUUUUGUUUUGUCAGGGCACUUUUCAAGAAUGUUUAGUAGACGCACGAAUGCUGGAACACAUAAGCAAGAAAGAAUAUCAAAAAUAUUUGAAAGUGGUUGAUGGCUUUCACAGGUUUGUUCUCUGUUAAAUUUUUCUUAUCGUGAUUCAAAAAUUGAUUGUUAAGUUUGGAAUUUGUUUGCACCAUAUCUGUUAGAGAUUUUGUUAUCAAAGAAGAAUAUGUUAUUAUUUUAUUUGCUUGCACAGUACUCAAACCCAAUUCAUAAGUUGCAACUUUGCACUGAAAAAAAAAACGCUAUUCACCCUUUGACUCCUACGCGUGACUAGCAUCUAAUUUUUCCUUACAAUAUCACCCCUUAAACACAUACCAAGGUCAGGAGAAUACAGUAAUCGAUCAACUAAAGAAGCUCUUGAUUAUUCCAAUUCUCCUUGUCAGCAUCCUAGGGAAUGUAUCUAGUACAUGGUAAUGUUCGGAAAUAAAGGGUUAAUACUCAUUUGAUCUGAUCUAAAAAAGUUAUUGUGUGACUGACUGAAUGAAUGACUGUUUGACAGACUGACGGAUUGAUUGAUUUGUCUAUGCUGUAUUAUUUGUUACAGACACAGCUUGCAGUGUGGUGUCAAAUGUUUAGGAUUUAUGAAUUACGACAAAAGGGUAAGUGUUGAGGUAGAAUUCGUUGUGUUUUUUAUUGGCUUUGUAAACUUCUAUGAACUAGAAUGACAAAUAUUACAUCUUAUAGAACUCUCGUAGGAGUGCAUAACAUACUAGAAUUAAAGUGAAUAACAGAAGUUUUCCUAGUAACAUCUUGCCGAUGGCAAAGCAGGCGAUAUUUGCUAUGUUUAUUGAAAUAAGUUUUUUUUUAUCUUUUUUUUUCCAGUUACUAGAGAAAAGGAGACAAAUGUGUGCUGAUGAGAUUAAAGGUAAAUUGGUUUGCCAUUGAAAAAUCUACUAUUUAUUAGGUAUAUAUAUAUAUUUGGUAUGAGUUUGGACAAACAGUAGCAGUUACUUCUUCAAAAAGUCAUAAGUUUGUUUUUCAACAUGAUGAAGAAGAGGAUUAUUAGUUACCGCAUAAAUAAUGUGACUGGAAAUGUGUUUAUCCUCAGAUGUACUUGUUUGGAGCAAUGAGCGUCUAAUAAGUUGGUUAAAGAAGAUUGGAUUAGCUGAGUAUGCUGAUAACUUGCAUGGCACAGGGGUACAUGGAGCAGUGAUUGCGCUGGACGACACUUUUGACUGUAAUACUUUGGCCUAUGCUUUACAAAUACCCAGUCAGAAUACACAGGUAACGUACGCUUGUGUUUAUUUGUUUCCAAAAUUAUUUUCCAUUUUAAAGUCAUCAUUAUAGCAGUUCGAUAAUGUUAUAACCUAAAAGCGAAUCAUCAUUGUUAGUCACGACAGUUUUUUUUAGAGCAAUUUUCACUCAAGUAUCGAAAAACCAAAGUAAUCGCAACAGCCAAUGGGAGGAAAGCUUGAAAUCAUUAUCAGCCAAUAACAAUUCCAAGUAAAAACUGGCCAACUGUAUGAAACGCAGGAAAAACUGUUUGUUUAAAUAAGGAUUGGCUCUAGUCUUUAAUCUGACUGGUUGAGAUGGUGUUGCGAUUUUCCCGGAUCAAUCAGAGCGAGGUUCAGAGCUUUAGGUAACACAUGUUCCCUUGUGGCUGGCUCCAAUCAGGAAAUAUUCUGUGACGAGAGAAGGAGCUGGUGACCAGUAAACAGUGGUUUCAUGGCUGCGGGACGAGAGGUCUCUUCCGUAUUCCUUUUAUUUUUCUUUCCUGAACGCCGCUCUUUCCGCACGCCUGCUCCUUCGCUCGCCUGAAAUAAGCCUCCAUACAUGAUGACGUCAUUUGCUGAACAUUCACUCUCAAGCCUCGUUUACUGUACUUUAAACAAGCGUUGAAUGCCUUCAGUGUGUACCUUUGAACUUGACAGAAUCUGGAUGAUUUCUUGUAGAUUCGUCAAAUACUUGAGCGAGAAUUCAACUGGCUACUGGCGAAUGCUACCGACAGAGAAACUGUUGAUGAAGUAAGAUCAUUAUAUAUUUUUUUUCACUGUGCAAUAAUACUUGAUUUACCUUUAAAGAUUUGCAGGUAGUAUAUAUGUUUUAUCGUUAUUUGAAUGGUAGAUGUUAUAACCUUAAUUGCACCGCUAGUAAACUGAAAUAAGUGUGAUUUCGACACAGUUCUCUAGAUUUAUUUCCUCUUAAAUUAACUUCUUAACUCCUUCACUCUCUCCAGCUUGGCAGUGGCGGCGAAUUUAAACGGUCCAAAUCUUGGAGGAAGAUGUUUAAACAAAGAGAUAAGGGCAAAGACAAGAACAAAGAUAAGGAGGCCAAUGCGAGAAAAAAUUCGUCUGGCUCAGAAUCAUCGCUGAGCCAGUCAAGUGUGAGUUCGUCUCCAAAACCCUCAGCCAAGAAUACAAAAAACAACUUAAUCGGCGGCGACACAAAAAGUACAGGUAAGCUACAGAUUGAGAGUAGAAGAGCAAGAAAUUGAAAAGUAUGUUAGGGUGAGGUAGACUUUUUCGUGUGUCUUCGUGGGCAUCUAAAGGAAGGGAAUAUACUCCCCUAUGUAAAACACGAAACACUUAACCCUUUAACUCCCAUGAGUGACCAAGACAGAAUUUUUCCUUACAAUAUCAAUGCAAUAUCAACCAGAUAAGUAAUGAGAAUAAAGAAAUAUAUCACUGAAUUUGGGGAUAAUAAGUUGAUCCAAUACUAAAUUAUCUGAACCAACAUUGUAAGAACUGUAUGGUUGACAGUAAGGAGAAUUACAAAUUUGGUCUGGGAGUUAAAGGGUUAACAGAGAGAAAGUGGAUUCCCCCUGUCGUCCAAGUUUCGUGAGAAGGGGAAAAAUAAAGAGAACUUUCAUUUAAACGCGGUAUCUCUAUCAAAUUUACGUUUAGAGCAUCUACUUUGCCUUAAAACCUAUAAAAUCUGUUAACUCUGAUAUUUUAAAUGAAUCAAUUACGCAUUUUAUGAGCAAUUUGAUAUCUAGAUUCAACUAGAAGAGUAGGACAUGCUGAGUCUGUGAUGCACUUUGGAAAUGUUACUGUUUUCGUUUCAGAAGGUGGUUCAGCGAUCACAAGUAAUAGCCUUUCUUAGCAAUUAUACAACAAUACACAUUAGCACGCAAACAAGUAAGUGUUUAUUGGAACUCAAAUCGACAUAAAACCUCUAAAAUGUAAUUGUUAGACAGAUAAAAUAAUUGUUUUGAAAGAUUUCCAAAGAAUGGAUAGUCUAAUGGCUGGUGGAAGAAAAAAUGCUUUUGGGUUUCCAGAACUAUUUGCUGAUAUAUCAAUAGAUUAUUAAGCUAGCAACGUCCCAUGUUUACAAUAACAAACUGUUCAUUCAGCUGAAUUAAACCCUCGAAUAAAACCAUCGAAAGAAAACAACACUUACUUCGCGGUCGCGUAUAAACCUCAAACGGAGCGUUAUGAUUGGCUCUUCUCCUUUGUACCUUACCUUUAUAAGCGUCAUGGGCGUUAAGGGUUGUCUCUGAGACGUGUCUAUGUAUCUUUUGCCGCGAGAUUUCUACCUUGGAAAAUUUCGGUCACUCACUUCCAAAUGAAGGGUGUCGUAGUGAAAUGGUCAUUUAACUGUACUUGUCAAUUUACUAACUCUCGUCCGAUUUACUUCGAGGCUCUAGUUUUUGUAGUACUUUCCAGCCGAGGGAAGUUAGAUAAAUGACCGUUCUGUAGACUUUGGUCGGCAAGGCACUUCAGCGGAAACUAAUUGUCAAGUUUUAUGUGGAUUUAACCAGCAGGAUCAAAUACGUUUAUGUAGUAUCUCUUAAGAUACCUUAAGGCUUUAUAUAGACGAAUGUAGAAAUAUUUUAACAAAGACCUUCAUUUUCUCUCCACAGGUGUCGAAUUACAGUGGCUUAUUAUAAUUAGCCAGUAUACAACAGCAUGCUAAAUUAUAGAUAAAACUUUAUUUUCUAAUUUGAACAAGUUAAACUAUGCUAUCUAUGGUUUGAGUAUCACCUAAUUUUUAUGAAAUUGUAUCAAAAGAUUUAUUAUGCCAAGGAAUUGGCUUGGGAAUGAGUUGCGGACUGACCGUGCAAAAUGUUUUCUGGUUUGUGUAGUAUUAGCAUUUCCUUGCCGUUUUGUACGUGUAAUUUUCCAUGCCUGACUUGUGAAUAUGAUUGAUAAUUCUGUCAGGAUAAUAAGUUAAGGGACAAGUGUGUGCAUCCACCAUUCAUGGUGGUGCUUGUAGACUUGAUUGUCUGGUUUUUCGGUUUUGAGCUCCCCACUGGUGAAUUACGCAUAGAAGACGUUUACCCGAAGGAGAGCUCAAUUUUCUCACUUCAGAAGUUAAAAUGAAACAUAUUUACAAUUUGGGUGGGUCGGGGUGGUUCAGGGGGUUUGAUUAGUAAUUGUUCUCACCCAGGUCAUUGAAGUCUACUUGCACUUUUAGAAACAUCAAUGUGCACAUUUUGAGAAAAAUUUUUUAAUGAAUUGAAAUAAUAGUGAUAAUAACAAUUUUGCUGUUUCGAAUUGAAAUGAAUAUAGAAUUAUUUCUCAUCAGUGUGGGAAAUAUUGUUUCGUAACGUUUGACCACAUUUAGCUUAUUUCUGUUUGUGACACUUAGAUGUUUUGCAGUACUUUUUAUAGCAAGGGUUGAAUUUUGGGUCGAGUAACACUUUCGAUGAUCAGCAAACUUACUUUGAGGAACCAAUCUUAGAAAAUUUGGAAAGUGUGUCUGGUGAAGCUGGACUCCCUUCAGCCAAUCAGAGGCACUUUAUCUCCUCAACGAAAGCCUCAGAGAAGCGAGGCAAUUGACAUAUUCUUAUGCUUCAAGUAGAUUUUGAUCAAGCUUCUGACCUUAGCUGAAUAAUUUUGAAUAAGGCGUCAAGAUUUUGUAUACAGAAAUGCGAAAUGCUCUUAAAGCUGUUCGAUUUAAUGAAAAUAAUUGCCUUGAAUACUUAUACACCAGAUAUUAAUGACUUUGCAUAUGAAUGGAACCCUAAACCUCUUUGUAAAGCUAUCAGCACGUAGAUUUUCCCUGCUGUUAAAUUUAUUACCAAAACGCUGAAAAUGUCAAAUAAUCGCUUGAACAAGUCAGCUGCAGUCGUUUUCUUUUUUACGCAUUCUUCGACCUUAUGAAAACUCACUGGAAAUAGAUUUCCGUCUAUGAAAGCUUGCUGUGAUAACACCAGCCUGACAGCAGAUAUGCUAAGAUGAAAGAUUUAGUAUCACUUCGUAAUUUACAUCAAUUCGGUGAACUGUAAAUUAUCUUAAUUAUCUUUAUCUUUCCAGUGAAAUUUGAUUCCUAAGGCAAAGUACAUGGUGGAAUGCGACAGUAAUUUUUUCCACAACAUAGAGAUAAGUUUUGCCAAUUGUUUUAUUAUUAUCAUAGUAAGCAUCGAAAUAAUGGAUACCACUUAAAAGCAAUGCUCGGUACCUUUCAGUUGAUUUUAUCGCGAGAGAGUGGCAUCCAAAGAAAUUAAAUAACCUAGUGACGUGGGAGACAGUUAUAUUGAAAAUUACUUAUAACUUAAAAUUGGUCCUUUUAUUGUCUUUAUUCUUUUAUGUAUCAGAGCCAGGAAAAACAAUGUUCAAUCCGACUAUAUCUGAACUGACAUUCAACAGGUCCACAUUAGGUAUUUUAAGUAAUACAUGCUUAUUCCUUACUAGUAAUAACAAAGGCCGGUCUAAGGCAAUUUCGCACGAGGCUUGCAAAGCGGCGUCGCUCACGAGGAGAUUUAAACAGGUAAUUGCAUUACUCGUGUUUUUACUGCAGUUUCGUCAAGUACUUAUUACCAAAAGAUUCAAUUUGGCUGGAUCUUAUAAAUUCGAAUUUGUUCGUAGUCUAGCUCUGCGACCAGUUAUUGGGGGCAAAUGGAAGCUAAGAAUAGCUCUGUUAUGGAUGAAGCAUCAUUUUGCCGGUAAUGGUUUUACAGGAAGCAUUAACCGUCAGUAUUUAUUUACAAAUGAGAACAUCGUUCUUUGUUUUUGUCACUAUAUAUCAUUUGUAAAAUACGAAAAUCAACAACGUUGUUAUCUGUAAUGUAUAUGUAACCAAAUAUCAGGAUAUUGAAAUACAGUUAUAUUUUAUUACU